AUGUGUUAUGAUCUUAAAUAUUUUGCAACUUUUGAUGUUGUGACUACUAGUAAUCAUAGUAUUACUAUUCUAGAUGGAAGUGAAGUUAAAGUAGCUCACAUAGGAACAGUAUUGUUAAAAGCAUUAACUCUUCAAAAUGUCCUAUAUGUUCCUAGUUUUAAGUUCAAUCUAGAAUCUAUUCCAAAGUUGUGUUUAAAUUUGGAUUGUGAAGUGAUUUUUACAGCUAAUAAGUGUUUUGUUCAGGUUUAUUCAAUGAGAAUGCAUCUUGGUAGCUUGAAGAAAGGUCUUUAUUGCACUCCAGCCUCAGCAGCUCAAAUAUCUUUAAUCCCUUUCUCUUUAGAUGAUCAGCCAGACAGUUCUCUGCAGAUUGCAACAUUUGCUUCUGCUAAUACUCAGGGAGACAUAGAUAAUCAGGCCAAGCUUCUUCAUCUCAGACUAGGCCAUUUACCUUUUACUCAGCUUAUAUUAGUUGAUCCUAUGAUCAGUUCUAAGUCUUCUGUAGACACUAUAUGUCAUAUUUGUCCUGCUGCUAGACAGUAUAGGCUUUCUUUUCCUAAUAGCUUAAUAAAGUCUACAAGACCUUUUCAGCUUUUACAUAUUGACCUAUGGGGUCCUCAUAGAGUUGUAACUCAUAACAAUUAUUCAAUAUUUCUGACUAUUGAUGAUGAUUUCUCAAGAUCUCCACAUAAUUCUUCUACUACUACUAUUUCUACUCAACCUAAUUCUGUUCCCAUUUCCAUUCCUAUUUCUGUUCCAAGCAACCAGACUGAAACCACUAUCAGAAAAUCCUCUAGACUAGUUAAAAAUCCAUCUUGGAUGGACAAAUACAUUUGUUUAAUUGCUCAGCAUACUGAGAUAGUUGAACCUACCACUUAUAAAAAAGAUGCAAAAUCACCUAAGUGGGUUGAAGCCAUGGAAAAAGAGUUAAAAGCUCUCAAGGAUAAUAAUACAUGGGAGAUUGUUACAUUACCUCAUGGUAAGAAAGCAAUAGGCAGUAAAUGGGUAUUCAGGUUAAAAAGGAAUGUAGAUGGGAGUAUUGAAAGGUAUAAAGCAAGGCUUGUGGCUAAAGGGUUCACUCAAAAGUAUGGCAUAUACUAUUUGGAAACCAUUUCCCCUGUUGUGAAGAUGUCAAAUAUAAGGUGUUUGCUUUCAAUUGUUGCUUCAAAGAACCGGAAAGUCUACCAGUUAGAUGUAAAUAAUGCAUUUCUGCAUGAAGAUCUUCAUGAGGAGGUGUAUAUGAAGAUUCCUGAAGGUUUUCAAGCUGCUCCUACUCAGGUUUGCAAGUUAAAGAAGUUUUUAUAUGGACUGAAACAAGCAUCCAGACAAUGGUUUGCUAAACUGGUUCAUGAGCUGUUGUUUCUUAGCUUCAAACUGUCUAAAAAUGAUUACUCUAUGUUCAUCAAGCACAACAAAGAUGAGAUGAUUGUUGUCACAGUCUAUGUCGAUGAUAUUCUGAGUUUGGUGGGAAAGCUAAACUUCUUAACAAGUACUAGACCUGAUUUAUCUUACACAGUUCAGGCUUUGAGUCAGUUUAUGAGUGAGCCUAGGACUUCUCAUCUAGCUGCUUUACAACAUACAUUGAGGUAUGCUGCUGGUACUGAAGGACAAGGGAUAUUGCUAAAGGCUUCUGAUCAACUCAAACUUGAAGCUUUUUCAGACUCUAACUGGGGGGCAUGUGUGGACACUAGAAGAUCAAUUACAGGAUAUUUGUUACUGCUUGGAAAUUCUCCAAUUUCUUGGAAAUCUAAGAAAUAG